AUCUGUCGGCUGUUUGACAGACGUGAGGAGCAGCGAUGGGUUUAACUGCAGCGACGAGGGGAUUCUUUGUCUUCCUUCUCUCUGUGUCAGUGGUACUUGGUCAGACUGGUUAUGGAGUGACUUACUCUUCUACUCAGAUCUGUGCUGUAGGAGGAUCAACAGUGGAAAUACAAAGCUCCUUCACAUACCCAUAUAAAGUUGGGGACCGUUAUACAACUGUGGAGAAAAAAGUUUGGUUCACAGGGUCUGAAAUUAGAGGGUCUGAACCUUAUGAUCUGUCGACAGACUCAAAGUUUUCUGGUCGUGUGACUCACAGUUGCAUUUGGAAGAAGUGCACUCUGAGAAUCUCAGACUUGAGAGAGAGCGAUUCAGCUGAGUACAAGUUCAGAUUCAUAACAAACCAAGAAGGUGGAAGUUUUACUGGUUCACCUGGAGUCACUCUGACUGUCUCAGUUCUCCAUGUAGAGGUUAAAACAUCUUCAGGAUCAAGCUGGGCAGAGGUGAAGUGUCAGAGCAGGUGUCGUCUAUCUGCUCGUUCCUACGUCUGGUACAAGAAUGGAGUGAACAUGAACAAAGACACUUAUUCAGUUCAACAAUCCUUUGAUUGGGGAGACAGUGUUUCCUGUGCUGUUAAAGGAUCUGAGAAGUUUCCCUCUCCUCCACAAUGUGUCCUUCAUCAAACCUGUAACAAAGUGACUUACACUGACAGAAGCAUCUGUGCCAUCAAAGGUUCAUCAGUGGACAUUUCCUCCACAUACAGUCAUUAUUAUUAUGUUGAGUCAAAGUUCUGGUUCAGUCCUGAUCGUAGUCGUCAGUGGAUGAAUCCCUCACAGCCUGAGGACCUGAGUAAAGACUCCCAGUAUUCAGGUCGUGUUCAGGUCCUUGAACCAGAGACAGGAAGAUCCACUCUGAGAAUCACUAACCUGAGAGAGAGUGAUUCAUCUGAGUAUCACUUCAAAUUCAAGACACAACGGUUUGAAUGGAGAAGUGUUUUACCUGGAACAACUCUGACUGUCACAGAUAUUCAGGACAUCCAGGUCAAGAAAAGGGCCAAUGAGCAAAAGCUGGACUGCAUCGUCACUUUCAACAGUUGUCGUCCAUUUGAUCUUUCUUACCUCUGGUACAAAAAUGGAAUCCAGGAGAUCAGAGAAACGUCUGGAAGUUAUGCAGUUUCAUACAACUAUGGAGACAGCUAUUCAUGUGCCUUAAAGGGAUACGAGGAGUUUCACUCUCCUUUAACAUGUUUUAAUGGUGAAACCUGCUACAAAGUGACUUACACUGACAGAAGCAUCUGUGCCAUCAAAGGUUCAUCAGUGGACAUUUCCUCCACAUACAGUCAUUAUGAUUAUUAUUAUGAUGUUGUUGAGUCAAAGUUCUGGUUCAGUCGUGAUCGUAGUCAUCAGUGGAUGAAUCCCUCACAGCCUGAGGACCUGAGUAAAGACUCCCAGUAUUCAGGUCGUGUUCAGGUCCUUGAACCAGAGACAGGAACAUCUACUCUGAGAAUCACUAACCUGACAGAGAGUGAUUCAUCUGAGUAUCACUUCAAAUUCGAGACACCAUGGUUUGAAUGGAGAAGUGUUUUACCUGGAACAACUCUGACUGUCACAGCUCUGCAGGUGCAGGUGACCAGAAUAAUAUCAGUCCAUCAGUCUCAAACUGAGGCAGAGCUCAAGUGUCUCAGCAGCUGCAGUCCAGCUGGUCGUCUUUACGUCUGGUUCAAGAACCAACAGAAAAUCAGGACACAGCAAACUUCUACUUUGACAGACAACUUUUCUCCUGGAGACACCAUCUCCUGUGCUUUCAGUGGACAUGAGGAUUACCGCUCUCCUUCAGUCUAUACUCCAAAGCUUCCCUCUGUAUCAAUGAGUCCAUCUGGUGAGAUAGUGGAGGGUAUUUCAGUGACUCUGACCUGUAGCAGUGAUGCUAACCCAGCAGCUAACUACACCUGGUACAAGAACCAAACACUUGUCAGUAAUGGACCACAGCUUGUCCUCAGCUCUAUCCAGCCCUCUGUCUCUGGAGAGUAUCAAUGUACAGCUGAGAACGCGAUGGGCAAGAUGUCGUCCAGAUACAUUACAAUUGAUGUAAAAUAUCCUCCAAAGCUUCCCUCUGUGUCAGUGAGUCCAUCUGGUGAGAUAGUGGAGGGUAGUUUAGUGACUCUGACCUGUAGCAGUGAUGCUAACCCAGCAGCUAACUACACCUGGUACAAGGAGAACCAAACACUGAGUCAAGGAUCAGAUGGUGUGCAUGCUUUCAUUUCUAUCAGCUCUAACAACAGAGGAAACUACUACUGCAAGUCUGAGAAUCAAUACGGAUAUUCAAAGUCUUCAUCUCUGUUCAUAGAUGUCCAGUAUCCUCCAAAGCUUCCCCAUGUAUCAGUGAGUCCCUCAGGUGAGAUAGUGGAGGGCAGUUCAGUGACUCUGACCUGUAACAGUGAUGCUAACCCAGCAGCGACAUAUACUUGGUACAAGGAGAACCAAACGCUGAUUCUCGGACCAGAAGGUAUUUAUCGUUUUCCCUCCGUCAGCUCUGAGGACAGAGGAAUAUACUACUGCAAGUCUGAGAACCAAUAUGGAUGGACCAACCCUACACCUCUGUUCCUAGAUGUUAAAUAUCCUCCAAAGCUUCCCUCUGUGUCAGUGAGUCCAUCUGGUGAGAUAGUGGAGGGUAGUUCAGGGACUCUGACCUGUAGCAGUGAUGCUAACCCAGCAGCUAACUACACCUGGUACAAGGAGAAUGAAGACUCACCAAAAGCUUCAGGACAGAUCCUCAACAUCACUGACAUCGGACCUGAACACAGAGGGAGUUAUUACUGUGAAGCCCACAACAGAAUAGGACGUCGUAACUCCACCUUACAUCUGGUUGUUGUAGCAAGUGCAUGGAAAACAGGAGCUAUAGCAACAGUCACUGCUGCUCUCUUGGUGGUCCCAGUCCUCGGUGUCUUCCUGUGGAAAAGAAGAAAUGAGUGCUACAAACUGCAGUGUAAAAGUGGAGAAAGACCUGUCAAUACAUCGCAGACAGAUAUGGGUCCAGUGUACGACACUCCGUCCUCUGCAGCAGAAAUACAACCAACAGAGCAGCAGGAUGAUGUUCACUACAGCACCAUCAAUUUCUCUCAGGGCCAGAUAGAUGUUCUGUACUCCAACAUCAGGCAAGAUCAGCCGAGGAGGCAAACUGAGGAGGAGGAUGAGGACACUGAAUACACUGCUGUCAAAUGUGUUGGUUCUGGUAUUCCUCCAGGACCAAGACGUCAAGAGAACGCGGAGGAUUCGUUUGCACUGUACAGCAUAGUUAACAAAAACUACACAAACACAACAUGAGUCUGGCUGGGUUUUAUAUUUAUGAAUGCAUCCUAUUUUUAAAGUCACACUAAAGAAAUUAACAUUCACAUACCACACAUGGACAAGACUACAGAGUUACAAAUACAGUUAAGGUUUUAUUAAAAUGGUAUUAUUUUUUAAAUUGCAUUUCCUCCCUCUGUCCACAAUGAUAUUACAUUGAA